UUGUCAAUUUUCGGAUUUUGGGUUGUUUCUCAUUUGGGUCUUUGGUUCUCUUAUCUGGGUUGUGUUUGGUUUUCUUCUUCCUCUGUUUGGUUGUCGAGAAAAACGACGAAAAGAAAAUGAUUGGAAAGAAACAAGUUUUGAAUUUUUUGUUUUGUGGCUACUCAAGUGAGCCAAUUGGUUUCAUUGGGCAGUGUUGAUUCCAGGUCUUCCAAAUGGUGGAUUGAGUUUUUUGUUUUUUUUUUAAAGAUUCUGUUUGUUUUAUUUUGCUCCAUCUUCGCAGAAGCCAAACGAGCCCAAUUCGGGUGUAAAAGUUCACGUAAGCAAAUACUUUCGCUGAAUGCUCUUGAUCAAUGUUCUAUUUGUUCAGAGGCCAUAUUGGUUAAGAUUUGUUUAUAAAUUAUUUGAUGAUGUGCGACAAUUUUUUUUCUUUGCUGGUGCUUGUUUCCAAUGGUUUGGGACUCAAUUGUUGGAGGAAUUGAUAGGAUUUUGCAGGGUUUUUAAUUAGAGAUUAUAAUUUUUCAGGAGUAGUAUUCAUGGCCACAGCUAGUUCCUUUGUUUUGAACUGGUUGAUUCAUGGUCCGGUGUACUGUAAACCUCAGCUUUGAUUGUUCAAAGCACUUUGUGAUAUGAAUCAGUCUCUAUGGAUGCUAUUUAAUCAACUGUAGCAUAUCUUCUGCCACCAUAUUGAUUAAGAUUGCUAUAUGAUUGAUUUGGUGAUGCAGCUCCAAUCUAUUCUGUGUUUUAUUGUUUUACAGAAUGGUUUGAGGUUUAAUUGAUGGGAAAAUCAGCAACAUUGUCCUGACUUCUGAGUUGUUGAUGAGAGAUUGUUGUUUUGUAGGAGCAAUCAAUUUUUAGAUUGGUCAUAGUCAAAGCUAGUUCCUUUCUUUUGCUUUGAUUCUUAGCCCUGUCUAUUAUAUAGAUCAGUUUUGGUUUAUUCGAAUGGUGUUUGCUUUGAAUGGUUUGAGUCUCAAUCGGUGGAAAAAAAAAUUGAUAAAAUUCUCCUAAGUUGUUGUUUAGGGAUCCUUAUUUUAAAGGAGGAGUGGAUUCCUAGAAUGUUCUUACUCAAGGCAAGAUGAUGCCAUCGGGACCAUCAACAUCAAUUGGUGGUUCCCAGUCUGCCUCGGCUGCACUCCUGAGAUCGAACUCAGGGAUUUUGGCUCAAGGUGGUCCACAGGGAGCAUAUUCUUCACUUUCUUCAGUUCGGCCACAGUAUGACAUGAAUUUGGUCGGAAAUGCACAAAACAUCUCCUCUGGCCUCAGUCAAUCUCUUGGAAGUGGGGGUUCGAACUCUGGCCUCUCUCAUUCAGGGAGUUUUCAACAUGGAGGCCUUGAUACAGGGCCUGAGUUUGAUGCGCUUUCUAUUGCAGCAAAUGACAUUGCUUUCGCUCCACCAGCUGCAUCAUUUCAACAACUGAACAGUGGGAAUCCUGGCUCAUCCAGCCAAGUUCAAAACCAGCAUACUCUAAACUCUUCUGGGAAUCAGGUAUUGCCAGAUCAACUGCAAUCUCAACUCCAACAGCUUGAGCGGCAGAAAUUUCACCACGGACAGCAGUUGCUGCAGCAAUUCAGCCAACAGCAGCUACAUCAAUUGCACCCUCAACAGCAGCCAUAUCAAGCAACUCAAGGUGGGUCGGGGGGUGUGGGUGUGAAUGAUCAAAAUUGCCCACAGCAACAGUUGCAAUUAUCACAACAGAACCAGGUUGGCAGAGGUAUUCCACCUGUCAAAAUUCAACCUAAUCGUUUAGACCAACAAAUGUUUUUGCAGCAGCAACAGCAACGUCAACAAUUUCUUCACAUGUCGAGGCAGUCUUCUCACGCUACUGCUGCUCAGUUGAAUCUUUUGCAACAGCAGCGUUUGUUGCAGCUGCAACAACAAAAGCAGCAACAACAAUUGUUGAAGGCAACUCAGCAGCAACCUCAAUUGCAGCCCCAGUUUCAACAGCCAAAUCUGCCUGCAAAACUGGUCUAUGAACCUGGAAUGUGUGCUCAGCGUUUAACUCAGUACAUGAUUCAGCAGAAGCAUAGGCCUGAUGGCAACAAUAUUGAAUUCUGGCAGAAAUUUGUUGCUGAAUUUUUUGCUCCCAAUGCGAAGAAAAGAUGGUGUAUAUCACAAUAUGGAAAUAACCGACAAACAAAUAGCCCUUUUCCUCAGGAUGUCUGGCACUGUGAAAUAUGCAAUCGCAGGCCUGGUCGUGGUUUUGAAACAACUUUUGAAGUUCUCCCCAGGCUAUGCAAAAUCAAGUAUGACAGUGGCACUUUGGAAGAGCUUCUAUAUUUUGAUAUGCCCCAUGAAUAUCAGGAUGCAGCCGGUCAGAUUGUACUAGACUUUGCUAAAGCAGUACAAGAAAGUGUCUUUGAGCAACUGCGUGUAGUUCGUGAUGGGCAACUUCGUAUUGUUUUCUCCCCAGAUCUAAAGAUCUGCUCUUGGCUGUUUUGUGCUCGGCAUCAUGAGGAACUUAUCCCUCGAAGAUCAAUCAUACCUCAGGUUAGUCAGCUUGGAGUUGUGGCGCAAAAAUACCAUGCUGCUGCUCAAAAUCCAUCAAACGUUUCAAUGCAAGAAUUAAAAAAUAACUGUAAUACGUUUGUCUCAUCAGCUCGUCAAUUAGCAAAAGCAUUGGAAGUGCCAUUAGUUAAUGAUUUAGGAUAUACAAAGAGAUUUGUGCGGUGCCUUCAGAUAUCAGAGGUUGUGAACUGUAUGAAAGAUUUGAUUGACUAUAGCCGAGAAACCGAGAAAGGACCUAUAGAAUGUUUGACCGAGUUUCCUCGUAGAAGCAGCCGAUCAUCUGGGAUGCAUAACCAAUUGGAGGAGCAGCAACACCUUCAGCAACAAAAUACAAGGCAGAGGAUGAAUAAUGAUGAUUAUGCUUUAAGGGGAUCAGCCACUCAGGUUUCUGCCUGUAAUGGUGUUCCAAGUGUCAGUAAUGGCCACAGCAUAACAUCUACUUCAACAUCUGCCACCGCAAUUGUUGGGCUUCUCUGCCAGAAUUCCAUGAACUCCAGGCAUGAAAACCAGAUGAAUAAUCCUAAUAGUCCCUUUUCCGCAACUCCAGGUCAGAUCCCAUCUGCUGGGUCCUCAACUACACCACCAUCAACACAACUCAACCCCUCCUCUCCUUUCUCGUGUCUGACACCAUCCUCAUCUCACAAUCCCACUCCACUUUCUCAGACUGUCUUAACAGCAGAAGCCACUGCAAACCACAUCACUUCAGAAAAUUCACCUACAAAUAUCCUUUUCCAAAAAUCAUCUGAGUCAAACGAGGCAGAUCCAAAUGAACACCUGAGCUCUGUUGAGAGAAUAAUACAAGAAAUUAUGAGUUCAUCACAGUUUAACAGUGCAGGUAGCAUGAUCAGUGUAGGUUCCGUUGGAAACAAUGUGAAAAAUGGUAGUGGGAUGACACAAAUAAACCACAGUUCUAUUGGUGGUGGCGACAGCACAAUGGGAAGCAGGAUAAAUAGCAAUUCAAGUGUUGGGGCUGCAGGAUUUGGAAACUUUGAUGGUGGAAUUGGUGUCUCUGCCACAGCUAAUAGAAUCAGAGCAACCAUGGGGAAUAACUCUAUGACCUCAAGUGUUGAGGUAGGCAUGCCAUCGAUGCCUCAGGAUGUUACUAUGAACAAUAAGCAACAGGAUAUGAAAUCUCUCAAUGGGGUUGGAGGAGGAUUAAAUGAUUUCAAUAAUCUCCGGUUCAACUAGAAAUCAUCUCCUUAAGGGAUUUUUUAGUCUCCUGAUCUGUUUGUUUCUCAAUAAUGAAAGUAACCUGCUCCUACUAAUCUGAUAAGUUUCUGAUGUUGAUGAAAGGUCCUCGUCCAUGGUGCAUUGGUGACUGCUUCGACAACAUGUGAGUUUGUAAGUUGUGAUCCAUAGUGACAGGGGCUUUUUCUCGGGCAUGGUACUAAUUUCAUAGGAAAAUGACACACAUAGUCUGGCAAUUUCCGUUUCAAACUUGAUCCUCUUUCAGUUUCUCCUUCUAUGCUCAGUUUAGUACCUCGUUUGUGGGGUUUCCUUUCAUAAUUAGUUGGUGUCUUAAGGUUUCACAUAGCAGCUUCUCUCAUUGUUUCAUAAUGGAAGUUCAACUAGAGGGACUACCGUUUUAGGAAGUUUUGAGGUUUCUUUGGUCCUUGUUGACUAUGGUAUAAUAACUCUGCUGAGGUAUAAAUUCCAUGGACUAUGUUUGUGUUUCAUUUUAGUGAGGAAAUCAUAAUGGAGGUCAGGCAUUUGUUACA